GCAAGCCGGGAAUUCCAAAGAAAGAAUGGAGACCAGUCGACCAAAGAAGCCACUAUCUCUCAAGCAAAGAAAGCUAACCUUCAAGCCUACCACUACAGAUACAAGCUGCAACACACACAUUCAAGCACCCCCCUCCACCAGUAGGUUGGUCCCUAAUGAGAUUGAGCUGCCCAAAGAUCAGCCAGAGGGCGUAUCAAGAAGCGAGACUAUACAAACACCUCUACCCAAUGGUCUGCUGUUCUCAGGACUAUGCAACCUAGGCAAUACUUGCUACGUCAACUCGGUGCUACAAGCACUGAGGUUUUGUCCGGGCUUUGGUGCUGGUGUGACCAGAAUGGAGUCAGCAAUGCAACCUAUCGACGAGGAAGACAACGUAGAAGCCAUUGACUCACUCUCUACUCUGUUGUCUAAACUUUGGCAAAGAAUGAGCUACAAAGAAAAGACCAUUUCCAAACCCUCCAACAAAGUAACAUACCUCAGCCCUACAAAACCUGACGGAUUUAUGGCUAAACUAAGGAACGAGAAUCAACUGUUUGACAACAAAUCUCAACAUGAUGCACAAGAGAUGCUUCGCUUCCUGCUCACCAAUCUCCACGAGACGUAUGCAUCAUAUAACCCUCCGCCCACCACCACCUCCGUACCCCCACAUAACAAUAAUGUUGCUACACCCCCUCCAAUUAUGAUGCCCUCAAAACUACAACCUCUCACGAACAGUGGCAGGAAAAAGAAACGAAAGUGGUCCACUUUAAGCAGUUCAGUGAAGUAUAUCAAGCUUAACUCUGGUAAAGGAAAACACGUACGCACUUUGAAGUCAUUUUUCGGCCCGUCCAGAGUCAGCCCACCCCCCCCAACAGUCUCGAACACAAAGCAACCUCACAACUUUAUUUCCGACACCUUUCAGGGUUCACUGGCGUAUGAGACCCAUUGUUUUGAGUGUGAGAACACCACACGACGAUCAGAGCUAUUCCUAGAUGUCAGUCUCCCUGUAUCAACUUUAGGCUUCCCGGGGUUUCCCCCUGCCUCAAGUCCGAUCAAAAUGGCAUCUUCGUUCUUUGGUACCUCUGUUGUCGGACCGUACUCGCUCUCCUGGUGCCUAUCGCAGUUUGCGCUCAAAGAAAAGUUACGCGGUGACAACAAGUAUCGCUGUGACGAGUGCGGCCGAUUCACUGAGGCAGAACGAGGUCUAUUGUUCAGUGAGCUGCCACUAGUCAUGACCAUCCAUUUAAACAGGUUCACAGCAGCUCAAACUUGGGGCCAUUCUUCAAGCAUUACGGUGAAUAAGAUUGGAGGCAAUGUGGCUAUUCCAUUGGCACUCAGUUUCAAACCUUGGACAACUGAAGAUUGUAAUGGUCGAGAAAACGUUUACGAUCUGUUUGCAGUUGUGUUUCAUUCCGGAUUAUCGUGUACGAGUGGACACUACACUGUUUGUGUGAGGAUGCUAGAGUGUGUCAAGACAACACAAGAAGCACUAGACAAGGACACUGAAGGAUGUUGCAACUCAUGGCUGUAUUUUGACGAUGAAAAUGUGGAACUAUUGACUCAAAAUGAACUCUCUUUAUUACUCUCGCCGCUAUCUGACCAUAGCUCUACUGCAUAUAUUUUGUUUUAUGCUUGUCAAUGAUGAAUUUAUUUAUUACCCUUAAA